AUGAGCCGCGCCGGGAACUGGAACAUGGACGGGCUGCGGGCGGAUAGUGGGGCAGCCGGGGACGCCCCGGCUUCCUCCUCCUCCUCCUCCUCGGUGGCGGCGGCCGCAGCUGCCGCGCCGGGCCAGUGCCGGGGCUUCCUCUCUGCGCCGGUGUUCGCCGGGACACAUUCAGGGCGGGCUGCUGCGGCGGCAGCGGCUGCGGCGGCGGCAGCAGCGGCUGCUUCUGGCUUUGCCUACCCGGGGACCUCUGAGCGCACGGGCUCCGCCUCGUCAUCAUCUUCGGCUGUGGUUGGGGCGCGCCCAGAGGCUCCCCCGGCCAAAGAGUGCCCAACACCGGCGCCCACUUCGGCCACUGCAGCGCCCCCGGGCGCUCCUGCCCUGGGCUACGGCUACCACUUCGGCAACGGCUACUAUAGCUGCCGCAUGUCGCACGGUGUUGGCUUACAGCAGAAUGCACUCAAGUCAUCACCGCACGCCUCGCUGGGAGGCUUCCCCGUGGAGAAGUACAUGGACGUGUCGGGCCUGGCAAGCAGCAGCGUCCCGGCCAACGAGGUGCCGGCGCGAGCCAAGGAGGUGUCCUUCUACCAGGGCUACACGAGCCCCUACCAGCAUGUACCUGGCUAUAUCGAUAUGGUGUCCACCUUUGGAUCCGGGGAGCCUCGGCAUGAGGCGUACAUCUCCAUGGAGGGUUACCAGUCCUGGACGCUGGCUAACGGGUGGAAUAGCCAGGUGUACUGCGCCAAGGACCAGCCACAGGGCUCCCACUUUUGGAAAUCGUCCUUUCCAGGGGAUGUGACUCUAAAUCAGCCAGACAUGUGUGUCUACCGGCGGGGAAGGAAGAAGAGGGUGCCCUACACCAAACUGCAGCUCAAAGAACUGGAGAAUGAGUAUGCCAUUAACAAGUUCAUUAACAAGGACAAGCGGCGGCGUAUCUCAGCUGCCACAAACCUAUCUGAGAGACAAGUGACCAUUUGGUUUCAGAACCGAAGAGUGAAGGAUAAGAAAAUCGUCUCCAAGCUCAAAGAUACAGUCUCUUGA